UCUGUGGUGAGCUACGCGUCAAGAAGCAGAGCUCGCUAUAACUGGAAAGAUAGCGCAACGACCUUAAGGCUUUCAAGAACGUUUAAUAUUUUACAGACUGAGUAGCCAUCUCGAACAUUCAUAAGCUGCACUACACUGGGGCUUGUGACUCGUUGGGAGGAAUCACGGGAUAUAAGUUAAUUGAAUAAUUAUCUUGCAUCUGUUGCAAAACAUAGAGCGAAAAAACGGUCACAUUAUUCGAAAUAACGUUUACGCACUCGUCAACGCUUUAGUCUGAAAAAACAGCGAUGACAAAAUUCUACUGGAAGUUUCUUAAAGCUCUUUCAAUUUAUUUUCUCGUGUUCAUGAUUGAAAGUGCUGUGGCUAUCGGGGAGAGCAGCCAUCGCCCCAUAUCAGACCGAUCCUUCCUGGAAGGAAGCUUAGAUAGGGCUCUUGAUAAGGCGAUUUCUGCUCGUAAUCUCGAGCAAGGUCGCGUGAGGCGGUCGGAGAGGCGUGGACCUCCUCGUAACUUUGUUGCUUUGGACGACAUGAGCGACGGAGAGCACGAAGUUAGACUUCACUUCAACGGCGUCAGCGCGAAGCAAACCUUCGUGGGACCUGCCGAGGGCAGUCCAGACGGUUUGGUUUUGCGGGAAGUUAGCGACGGCAGGCAGUUGGUAUACCUUGUGUACACGGGCGUCAUUCCUCCUCUGAACACGUCCGACAUGUCGCUGUGGGACACGUCUCUCCUUAUAGACGACGCUACAGACUACACCUCGUCCGACCACACGACUGAAGAUCCACACUUGCGGCUGCGGGACUGUCGAGUCGAGAAGGACCCGGUUAAAGUCAACGAAUUUAUGAAGAAAUUUCGCGAGGAUUCUAUGACAGCCAGGAGCGUUGGUGCAGACUCGGACUCCUCUGACUGGCGUUGGGCAGACUUCAGACGCGUGCGGUCGCUGCCACAAGUACAUCGCUAUCUCAGACCUCUCGCCAACCUGCGCGCCCUCAAGCGUCAAUGCAAACGGCACCUGAAUGCUGUGAAGCGAACUCUCAGGCAUCAGCGCAAUACCCAAGAAAUUCAGGCUAUUUGUCUGAUAUCCAGCAGAUUUCGAAGGUCUCUGGCAGCAGUGUUUAUGAUCCCCAACACCCAAUGGUGCGGCGUGGGUAACACGGCGCAGAAUUUUGCUCAUUUGGGUGGGCACAUGGGAGCAGAUCACUGCUGCAGAGAACAUGACCACGUAUGCCCCUAUACCAUCACUUCCUUCCAGACCAAGUACGGUCUCACCAACUGGAGUAUGAAAACCUACAGUCACUGCUCCUGCGAUAUGAGAUUCCGCACGUGUCUGAAGUCCUCGAACAGCGGCGCGGCGAACCUCGUUGGUCGCGUAUUCUUCGACGUGGUGGCGACCGAGUGCUUCGUGUUCGAGAAGAAGAAGAUGUGUUCCUCCUACAACUGGUACGGUACGUGCAAGAAGUGGGGCGUCCGCAGGCAAGCUGUCCUCAGGAACCCAACGCCCUGGAUGCGAUAAUUCUUACUAUCAUAGGAUGCCAUGACCAGUAUCCACCCUCUGGACGCGUUAAUUCCUAUCCUAUAUAGGAUGCUAUUACCAAAUUCUAUUCCCCGGAUGCGUUAAUUCCUACUAUCCUAGGAUGCUAUGACCAAUAUUCACGCCCUGGAUGCGAUAAUUCCUACUUUCCUAGGAUGCUAUGACCAAUAUUCACGCCCUGGAUGCGAUAAUUCCUACUUUCCUAGGAUGCUAUGAUAUUCAUGCCCCUGGAUGCGUCAAUACCCAUUAUCUUAUAGGAUGCGAUGACCAAAUGCUUCGGGAUGUAAUCUUUUAAUCGUCUGACGAAUUGAAGAGUUUUUUUCUCAUUUUUUGCUACAAAGCAUGUGUUUGACACAAAUUUUGUUUAUUAAUAAUAUAAAAUUAUAAGUUAUACUUGACGUUGCAGGUCGACCAAUAUUGUGGCACUGCAAUCGAUUCCUUAUAAACGCUCUGAAGGCCUUUCCCCAGUUUGCUUCUAGCAAGGCAGUGAUUUUUAUGUAGGACUUUUGGCUGCGUGCUAUCCGGUUUAUCUGGAAGGGAUAAUAUUUCUAAGACAUCAAACACUGACUGAUCUCGAUUUUUUCCUUCUGUUACUAAUGAAACACUAUAAUUUUACGGCAAGGAAGUCUGUUUUAUUCAAAAUGCUGUUGAUUUGGCAUCUCUUAUUUUGUAAUAAAGACUAGUCUUUUUAUUUACUGAAGGAGAGUAUAUACGUAUAAAGAAGUGAGUUAUUUUUAUUACAGCUUUCUAAGGAAGAAUGAGUUGUGUUAAUUCGAUGUUUUUAAUGUUAAGUGUGGUGCUGCAUGGAUGUUUUCUCGUUCUCCGUGUGAGGUUGUUGAUGUCGUGGAACCAAAGAUAUCUCGUGUAAAAAAAUUUACUUGCCGCUUGAAGGCUGACUAAUGUCAAAUAAACAAUACUGGUUAGGAACGGCUUGUUGAAAAUUUAUACAUUUAGACCCAACGUAAUUCUGAUGUUCAUAAGAUACUCAGGUUAAAUGUUUAGCUGAUUGGCAAGUUUCACAGUUCCUGGCAAAUUGAUUUCAUGCGAGCCUUCAUUAGAGUCUCAUGCAGUAGCACCUCUCCACAUUCCACUUGCUCUCCGUGGUCACGGAUGUCGGAACAAGAAUCACGGGCCUUGACCACAGUGCAAUCUGAAUGAAAAAAUUGUAUCGUUUUUCUAUCAAGGUGUUCCUUUUAUUACCAGAGAAUAACAGUUUGAAAAUCAAAUUAUUUAUGUAUAGUAGAAAUCAUCGUGUGUAAGGAAUAUUUUGUUCCUAACUAUUCCAGUCUUUGAAUGUCAGUUUAUUUUGCAUGAACUAGCUGCAUCAUCUUCAUUUUACAUGUAUCAUCAGUCGCCCUGCUAAGGAAGUUAAGUUAAACUUCGAUAAUGGUUGCUAUCAUACAAAAUAUCUUCCAUGUAUCAUUUCUCAUUCACUUUUUAACUUGUGUGCAUUAUUUAGUUCGAGCGAGGCCAGCUUGAAAGUUAAAUAAUUGGUUUCUAGAAAGAUAGCAUCAGCAAAAUCUCUGCCUUAUUUUAUACCAUACAGACUUAUAUUUUUAUUGGUAAUUCGUUUGUAUUAGGAAAGUUCUGAUGGUUACUUUUUUCUGCUUAGUAUAUCAACGAUUCGUGCGUCACUCGACCGAUUUGCUUUUUUGGAGCACCUCGUGCUGUUGUUCUGAUUGUUCAAUUUGUGUCUAAUGGCGAGCUGAGGAAUUAGGAUUUUACAUGUUUAGUUUAAAUUUGCUUUUAAUUCAAAGCAAGGAGUCUCUCAGAAAAUCAUUCCAUCUUAUUUGAACAGUGAGUGAGCAUUUAAUACUAAGCCUAAUUAAUUGAGAGAACUGCCUUGAUAAAUUACAUAACCCUUUAUUCCAGUGCGCAUAUUUCUUUCACUCUACAAUUAACGGUAGUUGAAGCUCUUGCAUCACAGUGUUGCUGUAGUCUCAGGAACGUAGUGUAAGGUCCUCAGUGUUCGCAUUGGUGGCCAGGAAUACGUAAUUGUAAUUCUAUAUGCACGGAGAAAUGACUGAGAAUUUUCACAAAAAAGAGAUGCCAUUUUCGCCCUUGUUUGGGUCAUUCUGACUCAGUUUGGCCCGGGCAAAAAAGAGUAUCAUUGAGGCGUCUGCUUGUGCUGAGGGUAAGAAAAUGUCACAAUUUGGAUAAAAUGACUCGUUCAUAUUUCUUACUUUAGUAUAGUGAGCCCAAAAAAGGUACGCGACAGGCAUACGUUGAUGUCCAGUCAACCUAACGACGGGAGGCCCGUUACGUCGCUGUGCCACGUGGUGCCCAGCCCAUCGUAAGCUACCUCACCUCUGGAUUCCGUUACAAAAUUUUUGGUAGUAACAUAGGAGUGAAAAUAUCUUUAAUAUUUCUAUUUAGUCUUGAAUACCAAAUUGAAAAUGUUUGUGAGUAGUGACAUGCGAAUUGUGGCAGUUAAUACAUGAAGGCAUAAAAGUUGUGCAGUCGCAGCUGUUAAUGAACCGAGUCAGCCAACACCGUUUACACAAGACAUCAUUAUGUUGUUUCCUUAUGUAUUGAUUGGGUAAGAAUAAAGUAGUCAAUGUACGGACCUUAAAAAUGAUUGUUA